AAGUACUCCAGAAAUGAAGCGUCUCCUCUCACGCGUUGGUCUUCUCUUCAGUCUACGUCCAGAACCUCGAGCACAGCACCCCUAACGCAGCCCUAGCCUCGCGGUCUCCGCUUGUGACAGGUCGUUCAUCGUCAUUCAUCGAAGGGAAAUCGUCCAGAACUGCGGCCGCGGUCAUCAUGAACUGAGGCAGCAGACGCCGUGGUGGCAGUGGUUUAAAAAUGACUACUUUUAUAGAAUGUGAUCAACAGAACAUGGUGGCAGUGGUUUAAAAAUAAGAAGAAAAAACAAAGUUUUAAGGCCCAAUCUCUGAAAAUAAAGUUCCCUCAUGAAGACAGUGAGGAUUUCUUUUUUUUAAAACCCAAGAGUCGCGACCACAAUUAGUAAGCAUCCCGAAAAAUGGCAGGAACCUGGACCAGUAUCUGAUUUUUAUUUGUUUAGGUAGUAGCAGUUGGUGUUGUAGUGGAGAUUAGACGUCGAUAGCAUUAGCAUCCAAAGCUGAACCAAAAAUGUUACUUCUGAGAAACCGCCUACUCCCUUCUCCUUCUUUGUUACUUCUGCCUAAAUCCACAUCUUUCCCCCUCUCUAUCCCAACCCGUCUCUCCCACUCCACCCGCCGCCAAUAUCCAACCCAGAAUGCAACCUCAGCCUCUACCUCGAAGACCACUCAAACACCACCUAUCUCCGAUGCCGCCCGGUUUGUCCGGACAAUCCUGUUCGUUCCGCCCGGAGUUGACCCGGACGAGGUCACUGACGACAUGGUCCUGCCUGGCUCAAACAUCGUGGUCGGACCCUACACGGGUGACUCCCGGAUUAAGGAAGUGGAGUUUGUGAAGAGCAGCGGAAGGGCCAAGGAUUGUCCCAAGGAUGACCGACCUGAGUUUGCAAUUCUGGGUCGCUCUAAUGUUGGCAAGUCUUCGCUUAUCAAUGCCCUCGUUCGCAAGAAAGAAGUUGCUCUUACAUCUAAGAAACCAGGAAAGACCCAACUUAUCAAUCAUUUCUUGGUAAAUAAGAGCUGGUAUAUCGUGGAUUUGCCUGGUUAUGGGUUUGCUAAAGCCCCAGAUGCUUCUCGAAUGGAUUGGUCAUCUUUCACCAAAGGCUAUUUUUUAAACAGAGAUACUCUUGUUGCUGUCCUUCUUCUUAUUGAUGCAAGUGUUCCGCCUCAGAAGAUUGACCUGGACUGUGCUAAUUGGCUUGGACGGAACAAUAUACCGUUGACUUUUGUUUUCACAAAGUGUGACAAAAUGAAGGCAAGCAAAGGAAAGAGGCCCGAUGAGAACAUCAAGCUUUUUCAACAGCUGAUCAGACAAAAUUACCGGGAACAUCCCCCAUGGAUCAUGACCAGCAGUGUCACUGGUUUGGGCAGAGAUGAGCUUCUCCUACAUAUGUCACAGCUAAGGAACUACUGGGAUCAAUAGGAACAUUUUCAAAGCCAGAUGUAAGAGAAGGUAGGCUUUUUAUUUGAAAGAAAGUUUGCAAAGCCAAAAAAAGUACAUCUUUGUUAUAACAAUGCAGAACACAAAAAAUCCCAAGGACAUGAAGUGAGUUGUCUAUGGUGUUAUUUUCUAAGGUUCAUGUCCUGAUUGAAUCUUUUUGAAAUGUAAUAGAGAUUUGUACAUUGACUCCGUGAUGAGCUACACCAUUCUCCGUAUGUAUAUAAAUGCAUGAUAUGAGGUGCUUUCCUGA